AUGUUUGCGUUUGUAGCAUUUACCAUUGUUCAUGAGCUGGAGGGCAGAUUCCUGUCCAGCGGUAUGUCGCUUUGGCGCAUGCGGAGGCCACGUGCCUACGUUGUGUUUGCGUUGUACUCGAAGUUUUGUUAGCGUGGCGUGGCGUGGCGUUCCAGUAGCGUAGCGUUUCUCUUGGUUCUGCCCUAGUUUUGGUUAGCUUGGUUUCUCAGUUCGAGUAGCAUAGCUUUUUCUCUUGGUUCUUUCAAAGUUUUUUCCGGUCGAAGUGGUUUUCGUUGCCGUGGUUCGUCGUUUUUCCUGUUGUGGUUCGUCCUCUGCUGGGGAGUUUUUGGUUGUCCUCUGUAAUGCCGCGCCCAUCUCGUUCGACCAACAACAGCUUAUCGGCGGGCCUUCCUACCGAAGACCCCCUUCCAUCUACGGCAUCGUCUGAAAGUCCUGUGUCGAGUACGGCUUCUAGCUCUUGGUCGCCUCAGUUGGCUGACUCCCUCACCGAGGCUGUGGUUCGGGCAAUCGGAAACUCCAUUCCCGCCAUUAUUUCAUCGAUCCAGAGAAACGCCUCCUCGCAGGCUUCUUCUUCGGUUCCAAGCGUUUCUGCUAGCGGGGCUCCACAACCUUUAUUUUCUUCAGCGUCCGCUUCGAGUGUGAGUACAGGUGACGGUGUUUCUUCGGUGGCUUCAGGUACGUUUACCCUUCCCGCGUUUGUUCCUACGUUUACGCCAGUGCCGGCCAUUACCGUCUCGAGCUCGGCCCGCCCCGUGGCUCCUACUCCCUCCACUUUCGUAUCGCUCGGCGUUACUAGCGGUCUUCCAAGCCUUGAGUCUUCGUUGGCAUCUCCCAAGUCUGAGAAGGCUUUUAUCGUUGGUCCGGGGCAUGCCCCUAUUCCCUCAAAACUAGUGUCAAAAAUUGUAGGCGGCCAGUUUGUCGAAUUGGCAGAUUUGUUGUCCGUGAACCUUCGCGCCGUGGAGCAGGAGCCGCAAACGUUCCUCGAUGGUAAGCUCGUGGUGUCCUCGUCAAAACGCAGGCAAGUGGAAAUAAAAGACAUUUUGACUUGGACGGAAGCCUUUACUAUUUUUCAGAUGGUGCUGUGUGCAGCUCACCCUCAUCGUUGGCCCGAUCUCUCCAAGUAUAAGCUGCUUAUCAUUCAAACGGCUCGUCAUUUUUCUAGUUCAGCUUGGUUAGAGUAUGACCUGGCGUUCAGAAAGGAUGCGGCUGCCUCUGGCCUCAGUGACUGGUCAAGGAUGAACUUAGACCUAUACAACUUUCACUUAAGGUCUCCAGCCAUGGCCUCACCCCCGCCACCUCGGUCGUCUUCUUCCACGGCAUCAUCUCCACUUCCUGCCGCCUCCCGUGACACCAGCCUGGUCCCUCCUUUUUGCCAUUCAUGGAAUGACGGGCAGUGCCGCUGGCCCUUUGGAAGGUGCAAAUAUCGACACCGCUGCAGUAACUGUGAGGGUGAACACACCCAGAUCAAUUGUCCAUUUCCCAACUCCUCUAGCCCACGAUCCCGAUCUCCCCAACCCAGGGGGAGAGGGGGACGGUACUGA